ACGAUUUUCUUUCAAAUAACCACAUUAGAUCUCUCUCCGUCUCUGUAGCUGCGGCCCUUAAGAGUAGUUGGAGGACUUGGCGCUCGAUGCCCUCACCGAGCUGUUCAAUCUGUUUCCGGCACUCCGCUCCGUCCAACACCAGAUAUCUGUUAAGGGUUUUGAAACUUUCGAUAACUUUGCUCAAGAAAGCAGUCGUGAAAUUGCCGUUUAUUUAUAAGGUAGCUUCGGGGAGCGCAAUGGCCGGCCGAACUAAUCUUCAGUAUGCGAACGGCGCCGGAGAAACGGAAGGGACUGUCCGGUUAUUCGGCGACGGUUUAGUUUCCCUCAACAGAAUCGAAAAUUAUAUCUUUUGCGAAGGGCCGAUGAGAUCUCCCGCUUCUUCCUCUCCGAGAUCUUGGAAUUCUGCAACUUUUUCGGCCACCUCAACGGGUUGAGAUAAAGCCAUACAGGCCGGGUAAGAACCAGAGAUUAUUGUGCACGCAAUCAAUCAGAGCAAGGUUCGAUGCUGCUUAUUUGCUGUACUGCGUAUUUUUUUAUACAUAUUUAUUAUGUAUUUUGUGAGUAUUUAAUGAAUAUUAUUUAUUUGCUGCUAAAAUACAUAAAAAAAGUUA